AUGGGCGGUGUUUGUUGUAAGCCCUAUGCCGUAGGGGAUAGUAAGGAGAGUUCGAGGGAGCAGUUGUCGAAUAAAACAUCUUUGGAUUUACGAGUCCCUAGAGUGGUAUCCUCAAGGAGGGAGGAUGAGAGCAGGGUAAAAGAAUGGUUGGACAAUAAUAAUAAUAAUAGCGAUGGGAGGGCAGUGUUGAUAGAUAAGCAAGUGAAAGGUUCAGCUAGGUCACAUAAUGAGAAUUUCGAGAGGAAGACGGAGAAGGCUGAGUAUAUUUCUGUGGUACAACAUCCUGGCAUGGGCAUGGUCCCUAGAGCAACGGUAGGGGAGCAGGUCUCCGCUGGAUGGCCACCAUGGCUAGCCGCUGUUGCUGGUGAAGCUAUUAGAGGAUGGAUGCCUAGGAGGGCAGAUUCAUUCGAAAAGCUGGACAAGAUUGGUCAGGGUACUUAUAGUAAUGUUUACCGUGCUCGCGAUCUUGAUCAAGGGAAGAUUGUCGCUUUGAAGAAAGUGAGGUUUGAUAACCUGGAGCCUGAGAGUGUUCGUUUCAUGGCAAGGGAAAUACACAUUCUACGUAGGCUUGACCAUCCAAAUGUAAUUAAAUUGGAAGGUCUAGUUACAUCUCGGAUGUCUUGCAGCCUGUACCUUGUUUUUGAGUACAUGGAGCAUGAUUUGGCAGGCCUUGCAUCUCACCCUGGGGUCAAAUUUACCGAACCUCAGGUUAAGUGUUACAUGCAACAGCUUUUGCAUGGACUUGAUCAUUGUCAUAGUCGCAAUGUCCUGCAUCGUGAUAUAAAAGGUUCAAAUCUUCUAAUUGACAAUAAUGGCAUCCUGAAGAUUGCAGAUUUUGGUCUGGCAAGUUUCUUUGAUCCUCAUCAGAGUCGGCCUCUAACGAGCCGUGUUGUUACCCUGUGGUAUCGGCCACCUGAACUUCUACUUGGUGCCACGUACUAUGGUACUGCUGUGGAUUUAUGGAGUGCAGGUUGCAUACUCGCUGAACUAUAUUCUGGAAAACCUAUCAUGCCUGGAAGAACAGAGGUUGAGCAGUUACAUAAAAUUUUCAAACUUUGUGGGUCACCCUCUGAAGAGUAUUGGAAGAAAUCAAAGUUGCCUCAUGCAACAAUUUUCAAGCCUCAACAACCUUAUAAACGCCGUGUUGCAGAAAUGUUUCUAGACUUUCCAGCUCCAGCAUUAGCACUCGCAGAGAUGUUGCUUUCAAUAGAUCCUGAAGAUCGCGGAUCUGCAGCCUCUGCUUUAAAGAGCGAGUUCUUUGCAACAAGGCCACAUCCUUGUGAUCCUUCAGUCUUGCCUAAAUAUCCUCCCAGCAAAGAGUUUGAUGUCAAAGUACGGGAUGAAGAAGCUAGAAGACAAUUGGCAGCUGGAAGCAAGGGUCAAAGGCAUGAUCUUGAUAGGAAAGGACCACGACAAUCUUGUGCAGUUCCAGCUCCUGAUGCUAAUGCUGAAUUAGUCUCAUCGAUGCAGAAAAGACACUGUCAGUCCAACUCCAACUCCAAGAGCAGGAGUGAGAUGUUCAACUCUCAUCCCGAAGAAAUUGCUUCUGGUUUUCCAAUUGACCCGCCUAGACCAUCCCAGGCUGUGGAAGAAGCUAGCAAUGAUUCUCAGGAAAAUAUACACAAGAGAGCUUCCCAUUCUGGGCCUUUAGUUAAUCGGGCUGCCUGGGCAAAGGCUGGAAAGAACACUGAAGAUGCUCCAAAAAUUCUGACUGGGGCCGACUUAUCAGCCGUGUCUGGUUUAGUUUCUGCAAGAAAGAGCAUGCUCUCUGAAGAGCGUUGGGAGGAAUCUUAUUCUCAACUGGACUUUCCCAAGCUUAUAUCCAGGUUUCCUGGAUCAUUCAAGGAGGCUUCAAAUUCCACAGCACAACAAGAUCAAAAAGAAAACACGAAUGUAGCCUCUCGUAAGCAUGACAAUGAAAGAAUCAGCAACGAUCCCGUUCAUAUGGGUUAUGGGUCGAAGGGCAGCAAAAUUCACUACUCUGGACCACUGCUAGUUCCAUCAGGCAAAAUGGACCAGGCACUGAAGGAUCACGACCGCCAAAUCCAAGAAGCUGUACGAAGAGCUCGGCUGGAUAAGGCAAAAAUGAGAAGACUUCAAGUAUUGGUGGGAUUAUUGUAUAAAGGAUAUUCCAUAGAAGGAGAUGCGGUGGCUAGUUUCGCCCACUGCUGGAAUUCAAGCUAUUUCUUUAUCUCCUCUCUCAUUCUCUUCUCUGUCAUACUGAUAUUCGGUGAAAGAUUUGUGCUCGUCUGA